AUGGGCUUUUCCAACGAGCUCAGGAGCCGUGCGGCUCCGAUCUGGGAGCGUGAACAGACUCACUCGUUCGUGACAGGAAUUGGUGACGGCUCGCUUUCUCUCGACAAGUUUCGAUACUACAUGCGGCAGGACUACGUUUUCCUGAUCGAGUUCUGCCGGGCCAUCGCCCUGGGAGUUACCAAAGCCCCCCAUAUGACAGAUAUGGGCUGGUUUGCGACGCUGAUUCACGAGACGCUGAACUCCGAGAUGGCGCUGCACGUGAGCUUCUGCGCGGACUUUGGGAUCACUGAAGAGGAGCUAUUGGCUACCGAACCAUCGCCUACGACCUGGGCGUACACGCGACACAUGAUCAACACCGCCCACCAGGGCUCGGCGGGCGAGGUAGCGUCAGUGAUUCUGCCCUGUUCGUGGGGAUACUGCGAAAUCGGUCAGAAGCUGUACGGUGAAGGCCUCCCUGCGAACCAACCGCUAUAUGGCAGGUGGAUCGAAGCGUACAACGCUCCUGAGUUCCAGCAAUUGGCGGACUGGCUGCGGGGCUUCGUUGAUCGGCACGCUGAAACUGCAGGACCCGCAGAACUGGCUGCCAUGGAGAGAGCAUUCAUGGUGAGCAGCCAGUACGAGUACAUGUUCUGGGACGCUGCCUGGCGGAUGGAGGGCUGGCCUGUCGGCAUUUAG